CGACCUAGUGCUAAAGAUAUUAGUUCAAAACUUUUAAAAUGGCGCAUGAUUGUGAUGAAUCCCUCAUUAGCUCGCGAAGAAUCAAAUAUUUUAAGGAGUUUUAUUUCUGCUGAUGACGAGAUCAAAACAAAGGAAAUUACCUUGCAGAAUUAUCAAAGCUCAAAGUACACUAGCAAAUUAAUUAAUACUAAAGAGAUUAAACUAGCAUAUGAAUCAACUAAAUAUGAAUCAAUUAAAUUCCGAGUGUAUGAGAUCUGUGCGAUAUAA